AUGAGCGACGCAGACUGCAACGCGGGCCAGGCGUCUGAUGGUGGCGCCCCUGCACGCGCCACCGAGCAACUCCCGGACGCGCCGCCCGCUGGAGGGGGUGCUUCGGGCUCGGCUGGUGAGCAGGGUGACCGCGGCGCAACUUCUGGCCAUGCGGACAAGCAGGACGCGCGCCAGGCUUCGUUUGAUGAGCAUCAAGACAACGCUAACGCCCCUGACGACGCAGCCAGCAAGUCGAAGGCGCUGGUGGUCAAGACUGCGGGCACCGACACACCUCCGCACGCCAGCAGCAACACGGACGCGGCCAGCGGCGAGGGCAACAACGACACGGAUGCAGCCGGCAGCAAGGGCAACGGCGACACCGAGGGCAUGGUGAAGGACGCAGCCGGUUCGACUGCCACGGCGGCUGGCCUUCGUGGGUACUUCGUGUGCGAGUCGCAGCGCUAG